AUGCCUGAUAUAAUUUUUAUGAUCUUGCAGAUGGUCUAUACUACCAUUUCCACAGAAAAUUCUGGUAGACUUGGUGCUUUUGCUGGACUGGCCACAACAUCCUCGACCAUCUCUGAGGCCGUACUUCACCUUCUAUGGAAACAGCUAUCUUCAGUGGAACCUCUCAUUCAUCUUCUCCCGGAGGAUCUUAUUUACAAUCACCAAAAUUCUAAUGGUGGAUUUGAGUUGAGGUUUCUCAGGACAUUCAAGCCUUCAGAUCUGGCAAGGUUCCAUUUAUAUGCACGCAGAGUCAAAGCCAUCUGUCCAGAGAAGAAAGCAUUGAGAUCCCCAUACAAGCAUGUUUUUCAGAGCCUGUUGGCUUUGCAUGGCCGAAUCAGAUCUUUGGAUUCUCUUCUGCCAUUUCUCAGCCAUGUGGAGCUGAAACACAGGAGAGACUGCCUAAUCCAAUGUCUGGACAGGCUGCUGCAUCCAGGACUGACUACCCUGAUACUUCCGCCUCAUAUGCUCUUUCCUCCCAACAUCCAGAAUUUAUUGCCGCAUCUGCAAAAUCUGGUCUACAUUGCCAACUCAUCUGAGACCAGGACUGUUUUAAAUUCCCUUUCCCAUAGCCUCCCUAUCCGGCAUCUUACCUUGUCUUAUGUGGAACCCACCGUGAUGACCUCCAUAGCAUUUUUAUGCCAGCUCACUGUUCUAACCCUUGUCAUCAUCCCUGGAUCAUCAUCCAUGAAGCAGACCUCUCACAUUCCAAAUCAUCACAUCCGCACCAAGGUUCUCAGCAUCCAGGUAGAACCUGAUGAGCGUCCUCCAACAUUUGAUCAUCCAAUGGCCACAUCCACCGACAUAGGAUUUCCAGCCAUUAUAUCUCUGUUCUCUAAUCACCCCAUCACCAUGCAAGGACUGAGUAUCAAUGUACACCAGGAAUACUGCUCAGCAGAUGCUGUCCUGCAUUUCUUUGAUGCUCUUAUAUCUCUCAGGCCAACUGAUGAUGAUGAGGAUGCAUUGCCAGCUUGGGAGGAUCUGGUAGGGUUAAGAUUGAAGAUGCCAUGGAAAGAAGAUUUUUUUGUCUUGGAUGAGAGCAUUCUUCAGAUUCCAAGUGAUGGCUUGGCUGCUUUGCAUGUCCUGGUCUAUUUGACUGCUCUGGAGCUGGGGGACUUGGGCACUUGUAGGAUUGAUGACAAUGCCUUGCUGAAUUUGGCCCUUAGUUUACCGUAUCUUCAACAUCUCUUCUUGGGCACAAGGCAAUUUUGGGAAGAAGCUCCAAGGGCCACUCUAUGGGGGAUCUCGCACAUCCUGUCCUACUGUCAUGGUUUGCAGAAGCUGGGUCUGCUGUUCUACUGUGGCUUGGGACAACAUCUUCUUGAAUCUGCUGCUAGAAACACCCUCAUCACAACACUACAUGUUGGAUUCUCUCCACCACACAGUUCUGUUACUGUAGCAGCAUUUUUUGCUCAUUCUCUGCCCAACCUGAACCUCCAUCAUGGUGGAGCCUAG